AUGUUUGCAGCGUUUCUUGAGGCUGAGGACGAUACUCUGCGUGCACUGAGUGCGCUGAGAAACGGAACGUCUCGGCAUCCGGGCGUGGUCCCGGGCCAGACCCGGCUCCGCAAGCUGGCGCAAGUCGACUCGCUCCGCAUCGACAUCCACGCCCUCGCUCGCUGCUUUGGCCGCAUCAAGGGCGUUUUGGUGGCGUCAAAGAUGUUUGUCGACGACUUUGGCGCCACCGCCUCGUCGUUUGUCCUCGCGCCCAUCCUCCUCCACUACAUGCCCAAGAUGUCCGCGGUGAUGACUCGCAUGCUCGAUGCCUGGCAGCGGGCCAUGGCGUGGACCCGAGUGGAGGACUUUGUCUUGUUUUGGACCUUCUUUGCGCUUGGCGCCGGCGCCCAGGAGACGACGUUGAUGUCGCAGGUCUCGCUCCACGAGCCGGCGACGCCGUCGCGGCCGCCCCGCUUUGCCCGCCACUCGGUCGACUCUGCGCCGGCGUCGCAUCCUUCGGCCAUCGACACGCGGACAGGAAUGGCCGACGACGACGACCUGGCGCUGGGUGAUGUUGUUGUCAUGUCGCCGUCGCUCCACUCGGUCGAGGCCUACUUGCUCCUUCCACUAGUCCGACUCGUCAACGCGCACCGGCAAAUUUGCCGCAUCGCGGCGCUCACCACCACCUCGCACCCCGACGCGCGGGUCCUCGGCCUCAAUGCCACCAUUCUGGCCAGCCUCGCCGGGCGCGCGCUCUCGCUCAUUGAGCGCCACCAGUUCUUUGCCGCCGUUGCAGCGCGGUUGCAGGACCGCCGCCGUCGUGGUGCGGCGGUCAUCGAUGACGUAACCCUCGAUGGCGACAAGAUCAAGGGCUUUCUCUCGUGGCAGCACCUGGUUCUGUAUGACUCGUUCCUCGAGGUCAUCCGGGCAACCUCCCACUCGGCGUCGACGCUCGACAUCGACCUUGUGGCCACCGACUCGGCCAAGCUCGCCGACCUCUCGCGGGUCUCCAUCCACCCCCGGGCUCGACUUGUCCUCUACUCGAUGGGCAUGGUGCGCGGCAUUGAGCUGGUCUUCCCCUCGGACGCUGCCCGCGACGCUUGGAUUUCGUCGCUCGAGCGGGCGGUAGCCGGGGUGCCCGGCCGGUUCUCGCGGCUCACCUUUAACGUCGUCCCCGACUCGGACGACGAUUCGGACGAUGGCAUUGCCAUUGUCGCUGCCCGCUCCACCAGCUCACUCUCGGCCUCGCCCGACGAUCUCGCUGGCAGCCCGCCUGAUCGCGGCGGUAGCGGCGUCGGCCCGAUGGUUGCACGCGCGACCGAGGCCCAGGCCGCGCUCCCUGCGCUGGUCUUUGCAUCGUCGUUACCGGAAAUUGGGGUCUCUCCCGCCUCCCCGGCGCCUGGUAACUCGUCGGCCUCACUCACCUCGUCGCUUGCGGCUACUGUCCGGCAGCUCUCGCCAAUCCGGCACAUGCCACGGACAACGUCGAUCGACUCGUUGCCGGAACGGUUUGCGCAGCUCUCGCUCGAGUCGCCGUCGCAGCCAUCGCGGUCGGCGUCGCGCCCUGCGCGGCCGGUGUCUGUUCCCUCGUCGCCGGCAACCAACGCCCCACCGUCGCCGGUCCGCCCUAUUCGCCGGCGCUCGCCUAACCCGGCCGGCGCCAAGCCGCCGUCGCCGACCUCGCCGAUCUCGCCCAAGAGUCCGCCGCGCAAGACCAAGCCCGCUCCCGGCUGGUCGCCAUCUAUCGAGCUGCGGCGGGCGCUGGUGACAGGCGCGACCCCACCAAGGUCACGUUCGGCGUCGCCGAUGCGCGAGUCGCAGAUGCCGCCUCGACCAGAAACGACCGUCACACCGACCACGCCCGACGCACCGGCUACGGUGUCAUCACCGCAGACCAAGCUUCCGACGCCGCCGCCACACGAGACUGGAUCCGUGGACGUGCGAGGCCGCAGCAGCUCGCCGCCGUCGGCUUCGUCGCCGACAUCCAGUUGCACCGGGUCGCCGUCGCGAGCAGCGUCAGUCGACCGGGCUGAGCCAGCCGAGCCUGACCACGAGUCACCGCAACUCUCACGGGCGGCAUCGACCGAGGCGCUGUCGACGUUGGGAACGCGCGACUCGCCGCGGGCGUCACGCGCCAACUCAGCCGAGCCGCCGGGCUCGUCGCCGGCCAACCCAGUCGUUCUUCGGCCAGAGCAGGAGGCGGCAGGAGCCCCGGACGUCCUGACGCUUCCACAGGGACAAGCAGACAAUGCUCGCGAGCCACGGGCAGUGUCAGCCUCGCCGCUCUCCAUCUCUCCCGGCGUGCAAGCCAGCCUCGCGUCCCCGGUCUCUGACGACGAGGCUGACGACACGUUUGGGCGGGCGACGUCGGCCGAGGCCUCAACACCGCUCCCGGACGACCAAGCCGUCGCCACUGAGCAUCGGGAUGCGAGUCCGGUCGCAGACGUCGCCGACGUCAUCGACGUCGCUCGACCACGAGACUGCGUCCGAACUGGCCAAGCAGGCGUUGCGGUCGCGACCGGCGUCGAGCGCGGCCACGGUCCGGGCUCGCCCGCUCGGCUCGCCGUCGCCGCUCUCGACGUCGCCACCGAGCCCGUCGCCGCUCCGCAAGCCGACACCGGCCAGCACCGCGUCUGCGGCUGGCGGGCACCGGUUCACGCACCGCCGCACCGCGUCUGCGGUGUCAUCGCCAAGCUCGUCGGCGACUGGUUCACCGGACUCACGUAA